UUACUCGGUUUGUCAAUUAAAAAUUGUCCUUACUUUUAAACUAUUAAAUUGCAAAGUAUCAUUUUGUGUUUUGCGAUAAGCUCUUAACAAUUAUUUUCGAUUUAAUUACCAUCGAAGAUUUAUAAUUAGAGAAUUAACAAUAGUAGUUGCUUGUUUGGCAUGGCUAUUAGUUGAUGUCGUUUUUUUUAGAUUAUCGCAUUUUAUUAUAAUUGGGAUUCAAUCGGAAAAAAAUUUGAGCCGAAUUGUUAGUUAUUUUGGUGCUUAAUUUUGCUUAAGGUUACCUAAGCUAUGUCGGCAGUUCCAAAACAUAACUUCAAAGCUGAAGACAUAGUAAAAGAGGGUAGAACAACCCAAUCGAACAUCGAAGAAAUCAAACAAUGGCUGUCAUUCAAACCGAAUUUCCCGGAAAUGUCCGAGGAACAGAUAUGUUUGUUCUUGAUAGCGUGUAACAACGAUUUGGAACAAGUGAAAAUCACAAUCGAAAAUUUUUUUAAACAGAAAUCCUCGUCUCCAGAACUGUUUAUGAGCAGAGACAUUGACACGAAAGAAAAUAAAUUCACCCAUGAAGUCGCAACAAUGGCGGUGUUUCCGAAGAGAACCAAAGAGAAUUACAUCAUAGGCUUGGGUUGUUUAAAAGAUACCACUUACUACAAUUUCUGCAUAGAACCACAAAUCAAAAAUGCUUUUACAUUAAUCUCUGCUUAUUUAUAUGACAAUCCACCAGACGGACUGAUUUUUAUCAUUGAUAUCAAAGGGGUUGGAAUCAUGCACUUGACGAGAUUGAAAUUGGGACCUUUAAAGAAGUUUUUCGCGUAUCUGCAAGAAGCACUACCAACUCAAUUGAGAAAAGUUCAUAUUCUGAACGCAACCUAUAUAUUUGAAAAAAUACUCGCAAUUUCUAAACCGUUCAUGAAGAAAGAACUUUACGAUCUGAUAAUAACCCACCCACCUGAGACAAACAUGCAAGACUUUUUCGAAAACCACAUUCCAGCGUCUUGUAUGCCUUGCACUUUUGGCGGGGAAUUAAAAAGUUUAGAAGAAAUGAGUGAAGAUACCAAAGAAUUUAUAAGAUCGUUGAAAGAUUUCCUGGAAGCUGAGGAAAGACAAAUACAACUUUACAAGAAAGAGAAAUAA